UACACAUAUAUACAACAAACACACAAAGCAAACACCAAAAUAACCACACAUCUUAUAUCAAUGGACCGUCUUCAACGUACCAUCUCGGAUAUUUCACACCAAAUCUCCAUAGACAAUACCCUAACAAAAGAACCAUCUCCAACCGCGACCGCGACAACUUUGUUGUCUUUAGCAGCGAUAGCCGAAGUGGAAGAUGCAAAGUGCGAGUGUUGUGGCAUGUCUGAAGAGUGCACACCAGAGUACAUCCACCGUGUGCGUUCUAAAUUCUCAGGUAAGCUGAUCUGCGGGCUAUGCGAAAAAGCUGUGGAGGAAGAGAUGGAGAAGUUGAUCAACAGUGAAGUGGUGGUGGAGAAGAGAAGAGAAGAGGCAGUAAAGGCACACAUGACCGCGUGUUCCCGGUUCAACAGGCUAGGCCGGAGUUAUCCAGUCUUGUACCAAGCAGAAGCUGUUAAGGAGAUGCUGAAGAAGAGGUCUAAGAAGAUGGUUGGAGCCACCACCAAGCCCGAAAAAGGUGGCCUCGCUAGAAGCUCGAGCUGCAUGCCGGCUUUGGCUAAGGAGCUUAAAGAUCAUGCCUUAGUUAAUUAGUUUGUGUAUCUUUGUAUUAAAUUGUAUACUCACGUUACGCGUUUGUUAUACUAUCUAUAUGUUCAUACAUAGGAUUGAAGUUAUAUGCACAGAGGGAGAUGUAUGUGUAUUAAGUGAGUUAUAUAUGUGUAGUUAAAACUGAUGGAAGUUUUUCCUAUACGUGUAAUGUGUAAUAUUUUUUUCAAACGUUCGUUUCUCACUAUUAUGUAGUUGUGGUCAAUCAUGUAAAGAAACGGACUAUUA